AUGGCAAAUAAUGAAAAUCUUCCUGCAUGGUUUUGGUGGGCUGUAAUUGGUGGUGGAAUAGCUAUAUUACUUCUUAUUAUUCUUUUACCCAUUUCAUUUUCAUAUCUUGAUUAUUAUCAUUAUGGUUUUCUACGUCGACAUUCAACAGGACGUGUUAAACUUGAUCGUGUUUAUGAAGGUGGACGAUAUUUAGUUGGACCAGAUCAUCAUUUUAAAAAAUUUAAAGCUACAGCACAUAAUGUAAAUUUUAAUCGUAUAUCAGUUUUUACAACUGAUAAUUUAGAAGUUCAUUUGACUAUUACAUUUCAAUUUUUUUUAAUAAAAGAAGAUCUUCCAUUACUUCAUACAGCAUAUGAUAUUUAUUAUGAGCCAAUAAUUGUAUCAAAUGCUAAAGAAGCUAUUAUAUCGACUUGUUCUCGUUUUGAUACAGAUGAAUUUAUAAAUGAUCGAGAAAAAAUUUGGCGAGAAAUAUAUCUUGGUGUUAAACGUCAAUUAGGUGGAUCUUGUUGUAUUCCAAAAUGUAAACUUAAUUGUAAAAACUGUCCAAUACAUGAACAAUGUGUUGUUGCUUGUAAACCACGUGAAAAAGAUUGUACAAAAGAAGAAAAAGGUUUUUUUGCUGAAGUACGAUAUCUUCAAUUACAUGAUAUUGAUGUACCUGAACGUGUUAUGGAACGACGAUUACUUGGUUUAGUUCGUGAUUUAGAAAAAGAACGAGAAGAAUAUAUUAAUCAAGAAGCUCUUGUUAAAAAACAAACUGAUAUAUUAGUUAAUCAAUAUCGUAAUAAUGCAACACAAUCUGUUGCCUUUUCUGACGCACAAGCACAAUUAAAACGUGAACGUGCUAAAGCUGAUGCACUUAAACGUGUUGAAAUAGCUCGUAUUGAAGGUUUAACGUCAAUGUGUUCAACAUUAGGUAUACAAGAACCGAAACAUAUUAGUACACUUCAAUAUUUACGCACAUUAAAAGAUUCAUCAGAUAAUAUUAAAUAUUCAAUUGAUUUUUCUCAUGCUAUAGCACAACAACAACAACAACAAAAGUUACCUGCAGCAGCAUAA